UGGAAAAUGGAAAAUGGCAGGUGUUUGGCAACAGCAAGCUCUAGCUUUAGAUGCAAGAUUCAACGCCUAUAGAACCCCACAAAACCCACAGUUUAGAACACUGUACAUCCGUAGAAGAAGUCAACUUCUGCGGGAAAAAGCUGCAGAGGAGCAUGAUCCGUUAAUGAGGAGGGAAUAUCUUAAGCUCCGGAGUCAAUUAUUAUCUCAGAGAUAUGGAGCGCCAGCAUUUUCAGAUGCAGGAAGUAUAAAAAGUAGAACAGCAAGCAUCCGCAGUUACAGCAUGAGCAGGACAACUUUGGAUAACUUUGAUGCCCCUGAGGGUCGUAUUACACUGCUGGAUGUAAGAAACAGAGCAAGAAGAGGACAUGCCAGUGGCAACUCUCUCAGCCCAAAGUUUGAUCUUGGUGUAAUCCCAACUUAUGCCGCUGAGGCUAGCAGGGCUAUGGUUGGCGAUAAAACAAUCUCAGAGAACUAUGCGUUUGCCGGAAUGCAUCACAUAUUUGAUCAACAUAGAAAGGCUGUGAUGAGAGUGAAAUUUGCUCAUGAUGACAAAUCAAGAGUGGCCACUUGUUCUUACGAUGGCACAUUAUCCGUGUGCCAAGUUAUUCCACCCCCUGCUACUGUGAUCUGUACUCUAUCUGAACAUACUAAUGCGGUGACAGAUUUCAAUUGGUCGCUCUCCAAUGAUGUGAUACUAUCCUCCUCACUAGAUGGUACCGCACGCUUAUGGAAUGUGGCAAAGGGCCAGUGCCUUAGAAUAUUCAAGGACCCGUUGGGGGCCGAAGUCCUGACCUGUAUAUUCCAGCCAUUAAACAAUAACCUCAUGGUUACGGGUAACAAUAAAAACCAAGUCAACGUGAUGAAUAUCUCCACCGGUAAAUUGGUCAAGGGAGGGACGUCAAAAGCAUUGGGCCGAGUGCUCUGCCUGACCUUUGACCCAACGGGGAGGGUGCUGUGGUCAGGUGACGAUCGAGGAAUGAUAUUCUCCUUUUUGUUUGAUUUGCAAUCGGGAAAACUAGUGAAAUCCAAAAGAAUUACUGUUUGUGAAGGUCAUCCGGUGACCAGUCUAUCGUCCAGAUCGUGGAUCAGUCGUGAGGCCCGUGAUCCAUCUCUCCUAGUCAAUUGUGGCAUUAAUGCUUUGUGCUUAUUUAGAGUAACCAGUGAAGAUGGCAGCUUACAACUGAAGAGGAAGUUUCCCAUCCGACAAUCAUGUGCUCACAUCAGAAGUUCAUUCUGUCCACUUAUGUCAUUUAGACAAGGCGCCUGUGUUGUUACUGGUAGUGAAGAUAUGUGUGUGUACUUCUUUGACGUCCAACGAGAAACAAAACCAUGUGUAAAUAAACUUCAGGGCCAUUCUGCGCCUGUGUUGGACGUCUGCUUUAACCAUGAUGAGAGUCUGCUGGCUUCCUGUGAUGCCCAGGGUAUGGUGAUCAUAUGGAAAAGGGAAUUAAGAUAAGACUUACUCAAGAAAAAGCUAGGAUUUUGUUAAAUUUUUAGCCUAUGACGAUUGGGCAUAUCAUGAUCAUCGUUUGAGACAAUUUGUGGAAAUGCAAAUAAAAUGAGGAUAUUGAGAUUUCUGUGAAGAUGAGGAAAGCUAGUUACUGGGUUCAAAUGCUCCAUACUUAUGGAAUAUCACGAAGAAAGUGUUUGUGUCUCUUCAAUUCAUUGAACAGGUAUACGGAUGGAAGAAGAUGUAAAAAGUACUGACUGUUUUCCUUUGAAGAGCUGAUCGGCGAUGUUUGCUUUUAGCCAUACAUGUAACUGUUGUAGGAAGCAAUUUACAAAUUUGGUGCUUUAAAAAGUUUUCUUUCUCGAGUCGCAACCUCAGAAGUUUCAUGGCUGCUGCACCCUCACACUGCUGAAAUUACUUGAUAUAUUCCUGAAUCAAUAGAUGGACAAAUUAAGCUUGAUUUUAGGAUUGAAGGGUAGUUUAUACAUGUAGAGCUUAAUUUUGUACUUAAUUGCAAUUCAUAGUCUGAGCGAUAUUAGUAGUUGAUAGAUCUGAUUUUCUCUUGGGCAAGGUUGUUUAAACAUGCUGUCUCAACUUGGCAGUCGGGCUAUCUUUUAAGUAUCUUAUUGAGUUAAAUCUAAAAGAAUGUAUUGGAAGAUGAAGUGAACACUGUGUGACAUUGUGUAUUGUGCAAUAUUUAUUGUUCUUCUGUCAUUUACAAAUUAGGGGACCUCACUGAGGAUGGAGGCACUAUGUUUGUAUUAUAAAUUGAUUGUAUCAAGUCCUUUUGUGGCCCGUGCACUGGGCAGUUCUUCUUGUGUUAUUUAAAUCCGUCUGUCGCUAUUAUUAGGUCUCAGCAGAGGCACUCUGUGGUAUCAAGGAGCUGCUUAUAGGCUCAUCGCUUGAGCUUGAUUGGUAAAGGACGAGCAGGUGACCAGGCCAUCAGAGGCAAUAGGGUUAGGUAAUUUCUAGUCCGAAUUUGACUUAGAAUUACUAGGAAAAGUAUCUCAGGUGAAAUGAGACUUGAGUUCCAGUACUGAGUCCUGAACAGUAUCUUCUGAUUGGAAGUCCCAUGAUGUUGCUUGAGGAAAAUGGCAAAUGUGCAAGUUUGUUAUGUGAUGACUUGAAACUAAUGAACAUUCCGUAAUCGCCAAAUAUUCCAAUUCCAUUGAGAUUUGAUUAUUCCACUUUCUGCUUCCAUUUAUUUCAUUCUGUAAAAGUUUCAUUCUGAUUCAAUUUCCAAUAUCAUCUUCCAAAUCCUAAUAUCACCAAAUUGAUUGCUAAGUUUGUCAGGUCAUUUUAUCAAGAUAGUUCUUUCAUGUAAGGCAUCUCUUUUGCAUAAGAAAUCAGUGUACAUGUAAGUGUCAGCUGGUAUUAAAAUGGUGUUGACAAGAAGAGUAUAAGCUUUGGAAUUGACCGUAUUGUCUGAGCAUGUUGAAUAUGAUCAAACUGGGAGGAUUCCUUGUUUAAAAGUUUAAAACAACAUUUUGUAUAAUAUAAGAUAUUACUGGUGAAUCCAGGAUGGGCAGUUGAGUUGUCACCAAUAAAUUAUUUUUUAUUCUACUUCGAAAGAAUGGGACAACAGGCAAGUAGUGUGUCGACGUUGUAUAAAAAUGUACAAAAAUGACCUCUAUCUAGAUAAUGAAGUUUAUAUUUUUGUACUCACUAUAGUUGAAUGCAUGAAAUAAAAAAAAUGUGCCAUGAACCUUA